GUGCUGUACUGUAGUGAUGGCUGUAGAGAUUCAGCCUGGAAUCUCUACCAUAGAGUGCUGUGUCAAGGAGCUUCAGUUGCUGAUCCUAAUCAUCCUACAGAGAAACUAAAAGAUGCUUGGAGGAAUAUGCACUACCCUCCAGAAACAUCAAGUAUUAUGUUAAUUGCAAGGAUGAUAGCAUUAGUGAAACAGAGUGACAAAAAAGACCAAAUUUUGUCCAAAUUUGCUGAAUUUUGCAAAUCAACUGUGAACGAAGAAGAGCAUAUAGCACACAAACUUUUAGGGAAAGAAUUCCAGGAACAGUUGGAGAUCCUUCGUUCCUUGGUUUGUGAAGCAUUUUAUGAUGAACAUGUGCAGCAGUGGUUCACGCCAGAGGGAUUUAGAUCAUUGUUUGCUCUUAUAGGUACAAAUGGACAAGGUGUUGGUACAAGUUCUCUGAGUGUAUGGGUUCACAACUGUGAUGCUCUGGAGCUGUCAGAUGAAGAGAGACAGACUUUAGAUGCCUUCAUUGAUCAGUUGUAUGUUGAUAUAGAGAAAGAGUCUGGUACAUUUUUGAACUGUGAGGGAUCAGGUCUUUAUACCUUCCAAAGUGCUUGUAACCACAGUUGCCAACCAAAUGCAGAGGUUACCUUCCCUCACAAUAACUUUACACUGCAGAUGGUAGCAGUACAGGAUAUCAAAGCAGGAGAAGAAAUCUGCAUUUCUUACCUAGAUGAGUGUGACAGGGAAAGAAGUAGAUAUAGCAGGCAAAAAGCUCUCAGGGAGAACUAUCUUUUUAACUGUAACUGUUCAUUGUGCCAGUCUCAAAUUGAUGAUCCUGAUGUUACAUCGGAGGAAGAAGAAGAGGAGGAGGAGGAGGAUGAAGAACAGAUGCAAGAAGAUAGUUGACACAGACAGAGGGAAGUUUAGUCCUGCAUUUGGAGUAAAUAUAUUUCAACUGUGGAAAACUCACCAUAGCUGCAUGUACAUCUAUAAGUGAAAAUUGUUCAGAAUUAUAAUGGGAUUGAAUGAAGGCAUGCUUAGAGUGAUAUUUAUUAUACAAAAGAAGAGCAUGAUAAAAGUGAUUGAAUUGGUAAAAUGUACCAUAAAAUGAAAUAGGGUUAGACAUUAGCAACAUCAGUAUAUUACGUAAAAGAUACAGAUUGCAGAAAAUAACACGGUUUAAAAAUGUCAAGUCUGAGAUCUUGAAAACCAUUUGCGUCAUGGUAUUUCUUUCAGAAUAUGGGACUUGUUUACAAAAUUUGCAAAUGAGUUGAUGUUUUGCAUGCUGUGCAAUUGUAAACUACUUUACUAGUAGGAAUAUGAAAGGGCAACGUGUUUUUCAUUUUGAAAGAUAAUCUGUUGUAUUUAGAGUAAAUAUUUCACAUAUUUGUUUUGCUACUUACCAAUGCACCCUGUGCCUAAUUUCACUGAGGAUUUUUAAACCUUUUAUUAAGGGCUGUUAACACCCUUAUUAAAAUAGAAAAGAUCAGUGCUGUGUCAAACAGCAAUGAUAUGCAUUUUUAUCUGUAAAUUCCCAGUUUCAUUCAGUAGUGCAUAGUUUUUGUUACUAUCUCAGCUUGUAUGGGCUCACUUACUACCACAGAAUGUGAAGCAUAGUAGCAUUCAAGUCUGCAGCAUCAGCAUAUG